AUGGUGAAUAUGAGUCAGUCCAUGGCCAAUAGCUUCUGGUUCGAUCAGGAUGUCGAUUUCUCUGCGUCAGCCUCUAUUGGUUUAUCGGGGGGAUUGUUGAUUCUUUGGAAAAAACAUGAAGUCGAGGUUAUAUGCAGUUUUAGGGGAGUGGGGUUUCUGGGCAUUAAAGUCGUUUGGAAGAAUCAUGUGUAUUACAUUAUUAAUGUGUACUCUUAUUGUGCGGGGGAAGACAAGAGGAUUUUAUGGAAUCGGUUACUGGAAUUGAAAGCUAUGUUCAAUGAUGGCGAUUGGGUGGUUGGGGGUGAUUUUAAUGCAGUGAAAAAUAGAGGAGAAAGAGUUGGGAGAUCGUUCUCUGCAAAUUCAGCAGAAUGGAGUUACGUUUCUGCCUUCAUUGAUGACAUGAAUUUAGUAGACGUCCCGUGCAAGAAGAAAAAGUUCAGUUGGUUUAGUGGAGACGGUCGCUCUAAGAGUAGAUUACACUGUUUCCUUGUUUCAGACUCUGUUAUUAAUAGAUGGGGUGUGGUGGGGCAGCGGAUUGAUGAUCGUGAUGUGUCGGAUCACUGUCCAGUUUGGUUGAUGGCGGACCAAAAGGAUUGGGGGCCUAAACCAUUCAAGUUUAACAAUGAGUGGUUUAGGGAUAAGGAGUUUCAUAUUUUCGUGGAAAAGGAAUGGAAAGACCUAAAUGUUUCAGGGAGAGGCGAUUUUGUGCUGAAGGAAAAAAUGCGUUUGCUGAAGCCGAGACUUAGAUGGUGGAAUAGCAACGUUUUCAGAAGGAUUGAUUUGGACAUAGAGAAUGAUGUUAACGUAAUCAAUAGGGUGGAUGAAGUAGAAGGGCCUGACGAGAAUGAUCUAGACAGCCGUAAUAGAAGCACGAGCAGUAAGUACUUUCAUAGAGUUAUGAAGCAAAGACUCCGGAGAAACCACAUAGACGGUAUGAUCAUCAACAGAGACAUGGAGGAGUCGGUGGAUAACGUCAAAAGAGGAGUUGUUCAGCAUUUUGCUAAGAGGUUUGUGGAGGAGGUUCCUGUGAGGUCUGUUUUGGAAGGUGUUGUUUUCAAGAGUCUUAGUAUUGAAGACAGAAUUUGGGUUGAAUUAAGGUUCACUGAGGUGGAGGUCAAGGAAGCAAUAUGGAAUUGUGAUGGUUCAAAAUCCCCGGGUCCCGAUGGUUACUCCAUCUUGUUCAUAAAGUGGUGCUGGUCGUUUAUCAAGGAAGAUAUUAUGUCUUGCUUUGGUGAUUUUCACACUGGGGCUGUUUUGUCUAAAUCGAUUACUUCGUCUUUUCUCGCUCUAAUUCCUAAGAAGAACAACCCUAUGGACUUAGACGACUUUAGACCAAUAUGCUUGGUUGGAUGCAUACACAAAAUUUUAUCAAAGGUGUUAGCGGGAAGGUUGAAGAAGAUUGUUGGAGGGGUUAUUUCUAAUAGCUAA